AGAAAUUAUAUCCACAGAUGCAAAAACAGAGACAGAGCCCUCACCGUUAUUGCGAUUAACAUCACCAUUUUUGAGAAAGAGAAACGAAGAAGACUUAUCGUCACCUGAUGGGAUCGGGUAUCAGCCGAACGUGCUCGGCCUCCCACUCUCGACACGCCCCCCGGAAAUUCCCUCGCCCCACCAUCAGCCGCUCUAUCUCCUCCGUCCUCAUCUGCGGCGCCUCCUCCUCCUCAUCACCCACCGAGAUGGAAGACUAUCCAGCUGAAUUACUGGUAAAUUCUGCAGAACAUGGUCGUAGAAAGAAGUUGAAAGUGCCAAGAAGAAAUUCUGAUUCGUCAGAGGGAAAGGGAGAUGACUUGAUCAGCGUCAAAAGUGAAACUGUUGUCUCAUCUAGAAGACUUUUGGGUGCAUAUGAUAAUUCUAUUCUUGAAGUUGGUUCAAGCCAUGAUGAUACUAGUGAUAGAAGGAAAUGGCUCCAUGAAAGUAGGGAGUUGGUUCCUUCUCAUCGAUCGAUAGGCACCUCAAGAUGUGAUGGAACUGCUAGUAGUUCAUAUGGAGGUCAACCAUCUCCUAUUUUUUUGCCUGGAAAUGAAAUGACCAGUAUUGAUCACAUCAAUGGCAUAAAUUGCAACCUGAAAGGUGAUGCAUCUCAAACUGGUCAAGGGUUCGAUAACACUAGCAGAGUAUAUUGUGAUGUUCUUAGAGAAUCUUUUCUAGGUGAAGUUUCAGUUGAAAAUACUGUCACUGGGGAAAUAGAUUGCUCUAGUACGAACUUUGGCUCUUCUUUUGUUUCUGAAACACCUUUGGAAUUACAUUUAUCGAGAGGAAAUAUUCCUCAGGAAGCAGCACCUUCAGAUUUGGAUUUUCUGGUAUCAGAAAGGGAACAAAAUAGACAAGAUGAGAAUCUACAUCAUGUUGACGUGGUGAGUACAUCAGAUACUUUGACUGCAAAUUCUGCUGAAAUAAACAGCCAUGAGGCUAGAAGGAAUAGCAGAAGAUUAUUUUGGGAUGCGUUUUCAAGGCGCGGUUCUAGGAGGCGUACAAAUUCCCGGACAUAUCUGUUUUCGCCUGCUGGCUCUGAUCAUUUGAGAUUUCCUGACAGACAGCUCCUUGAUUUUAGUGGUGGAUUUAGUGAUGAUGAGUUUGUAGGAGAUUUAGGUUCUCAUAGAAGUAGAUCUCCAGGCAGUAAUGAUCAACAUUUGAUGCCUGGACAUGAGCUCUGGGAUAGACUAGUUGGUACUCUUGAUUCAACUGAUUAUCCAACCCCAGCUUGUCCUCGAGGAGUACAUGCUGAUGGUUCAUGCUUGUGCCAGUCCAGUUCAUUAGCUGAGGAAUCUGUUCCACGUACUGGCAUUUCUCGCAUUGUUAUGCUGGCAGAAGCAUUAUUUGAGGUACUUGAUCAAAUUCAUCAACAGCCGCUGUCGCUUUCCUUGUUAGUGACCUCAGUUCCUGCUCCAGAAUCAGUUGUUGAUUCUUUUCUGGUGAAGAUACAUGGGAAGUCAGAAAAAUUGGAAUGUGUAGACGAUGUAUCACAGUGUUAUAUAUGCCUGGCUGAGUAUGAGGAAGGAGACAAAAUACGAGUUCUGCCAUGCCAUCAUGAGUAUCAUGUGCCCUGUGUGGACAAAUGGCUUAAAGAAAUACACGGUGUGUGCCCACUCUGCAGGGGAGAUGUGAGUCUGGGUUCCACAUAGGGCUAAGAUUCGUUUGAGGUGGUUAGUUUUGUACAUAUUUGUUUGAGAAGAUGGGUCUUGAAGAUCACAUGUAUCUUGAUGGAACAAUUUUCCAUUUAUACUCUGGGAUCAUUGCUGACCCAAUAGCAAAAUCUUGUGUUCUUAACAUGCUUUAGAUUAGGAUACCUCAAUUAAUCGAAAUGUGAGUUGAGCAUCCUUUGUUAGUGCUUGUGCUAAAUUUUUUCAUUCUUACACUGGGAGUCACAGUUUCCCAGUCCUGUAUAUUAAAUUGUAGUUUGUGUGAUCUUUGUACUAUGAUGGUGUCAUUUAGCUGCACCGUUUGUGGUAAGGCACGCGAUCCUUGUACUGAAA